AUGGCUCAUCGCGACGAGCCUCUGCCGUUCUCGAGAAAGCCGUCUUCGCCCCUCCACUGUUCGCCUCUCGGCUUCCAUGACGAACUAUCUCACCCGACAGUUGGCGGAUGGCCCAGCGGAAUGCCUACAUAUGGAGCCAAGCUCGUCGCCGUGACCGUCACCUCCGCGCUGAAUCGAUUGACGAUGGUGCGAUUGGGGGGCCCAAUGGCCGAUGUCCAGACUCCCGAGAGCUGCGUACCCAUGUGCUCACCUCCAGCACCUCAUCUCGGUGUCACUGGCACACAGGAGCUAGACUUGGACUACAUGGCAGCUGUGAAACCCGUAAACAUGUAUGCCACAUUCGUGAAACCUCCUAUAGCGGACUGGCUUGGACGUCUGUCGUUCUCCGCGCCGACCGGAUCAGAGGCCAACUGCGCUUUAUCAGACGGCCAGAAUGAUGUGUCAGCCGCCAUCUUGAGGAGAGCGAUCAUUGUGCACCGUACGGAACUACUGCACAGCAGUUCGGUAGCAAGAAUGGCUGAGAACAUGGCCCCAGUGCGGGACGGGGACACGGCUCACGAAGCGCCGAUAGGAGUUCUGCACUCACGAUUCGCCAGGCCGUCAGAUCUGCGCGUGGCUUCAGGGAUCAUUCCCACAGAACCCAGGCUCUUUCUGGCAUGGCCCUCUGCCUCCGGCUCAACUAGUUGUCCGCCGCAUCCACAGGCCUCGGGUCCACAUCUCAUGGGUCUGUCGACGGGGCCUUUCGCCCAGGUCCACCACCAUUUUCGUUUAGCACAAGCAAAGGGCUCCAGCCGGCUUCCCCUUCACGGCGACGCCGCAGCUGCCCGUCUGACGAAAUUGCAUUGGCUCAUUAUUCCCGACCCUGUCUGGCCUCUGCCCCAUGCUGAGCGGCAGACGUCAGUGAGUGAAGAUGGGAUCAAUCACUGGCCAUGGGGCUGGUAG